AUGUCCCAAAAUCUAUUCCAAAUUCUUCUCAUUUUCGCCAUCUUGGCAGCUCUUCAGGUCCAGGGAUUCUUGUUCCCAACCUACUCGUCCGGAUAUGACUAUGAUUGCUAUGGAUACGGAAACGGUUAUGGUAAUGGAUACGGUAACGGCUAUGGAUACGGUAAUGGAUACGGAUACGGUGGAUAUUGA